CCGGGGGGAGGCGGCUUCUUCCGGCUGGGCCGAGGGGAGGCUGCGAACGUUGAAGGACACUGGCUGCGGAAUUUGUGGCUUUAGUGAGCUGUUUCCACUGAGCUAUAUUUAGGAAGCUGGCCAUCCAGGCCUCCUUUAGCUGCGCUGCAGCCUGUGUCAACGCGAGAGGGGGGCCCGGGUUAGAUUUCAGUCUUUGUACGGUCAGCGGGAAGGCCUCUGGCUAGGGGGUAGCCAGAACAGAGAGCUGGAAACUCCUUGACGUGCAAGAGGCUGCUUCUGAUACCUGAGCGGUUCUCAUUCGUCUUUGCCUUCUUUACCUCGUGGUCUCACCAUUCCAGAUUGGAAUCAUGGCAGGUCCAGAAACUGAUGCCCAAUUCCAGUUCACUGGUAUUAAAAAAUAUUUCAACUCUUAUACUCUCACAGGUAGAAUGAAUUGUGUACUGGCCACAUAUGGAGGCAUUGCUUUGAUGAUCUUAUACUUCAAGUUAAGGUCUAAAAAAACUCCAGCUGUGAAAGCAACAUAAAUGGAUUCUAAACUGUACGUCAUCUGUUAAGUUCCCAUGCCUGGAGAAGCUAAUGUCACCUCAUCAUGUGAUACUCAAUUUGUACAAUAAAUUAUGAACCUGGAAAA